GUCACCUGCCACGUGACAAUCGCGACGCAGGCCGUUCAUUCCUCUCUAGCUCCAGCAUAUUGUUGCUUGCUGCGCUUUCGGCUGCUCUAGUUUUUCCCUUCGUGGUUUAUAUAACAUACGUGAUAGCCAUGGCUGCGGCCCCGGUACCUGUAAGGAAACGGCUCCUCAAAGACGAAGACAUGACCAAAGUGGAAUUCGAGACAAGCGAAGAGGUCGACGUUACCCCGACGUUUGACACGAUGGGCCUGCGAGAGGACCUGCUCCGCGGGAUAUACGGCUACGGCUUUGAGAAGCCGUCGGCUAUCCAGCAGCGUGCCAUCAAACAGAUCAUCAAAGGCAGAGACGUGAUCGCUCAGUCUCAGUCUGGCACAGGAAAGACGGCCACGUUCUGUAUUUCGGUGCUUCAGUGCUUGGACAUUCAGGUCCGUGAAACCCAAGCACUGAUUUUGGCACCAACCAGAGAGCUAGCCGGGCAAAUCCAGAAGGUGCUUCUGGCCCUUGGUGACUUCAUGAAUGUACAGUGUCACGCCUGUAUCGGUGGCACCAAUGUGGGGGAAGACAUCAGGAAGCUGGAUUACGGACAGCACGUGGUGGCCGGGACCCCGGGCCGUGUGUUCGACAUGAUCCGCAGGCGCAGUCUGAGGACUCGGGCCAUCAAGAUGCUCGUUCUUGAUGAAGCGGACGAGAUGCUGAACAAAGGUUUCAAAGAGCAGAUCUACGACGUAUACCGCUACCUGCCCCCUGCCACGCAGGUGUGCCUCAUCAGCGCCACACUGCCCCACGAAAUCCUGGAGAUGACCAACAAGUUCAUGACCGACCCCAUCCGCAUCCUGGUGAAGCGUGAUGAGUUGACACUGGAAGGGAUCAAGCAGUUCUUUGUGGCUGUGGAACGGGAAGAGUGGAAGUUCGACACCCUCUGUGAUCUCUACGAUACGCUGACCAUCACGCAGGCCGUCAUCUUCUGCAACACCAAGAGGAAGGUGGACUGGCUCACUGAGAAGAUGAGAGAGGCCAAUUUCACAGUAUCGUCCAUGCAUGGAGACAUGCCUCAGAAAGAGAGAGACUCCAUCAUGAAGGAGUUCAGAUCUGGAGCCAGCCGUGUCCUCAUCUCCACAGACGUGUGGGCCAGAGGUCUGGAUGUCCCACAGGUGUCUCUAAUCAUCAACUACGACCUGCCCAACAACAGAGAGUUGUAUAUUCACAGAAUCGGCCGCUCAGGUCGCUAUGGCCGCAAAGGUGUCGCCAUUAACUUUGUGAAGAACGAUGACAUCCGCAUCCUCCGUGACAUUGAGCAGUACUACUCAACGCAGAUCGACGAAAUGCCCAUGAAUGUUGCUGACCUCAUCUAGAGGGAAAACGAUGGCAGCUGUGAAGAUUGAUUUUUUUUUUACUGAUAUUUAACCUUUUCUCCCUUUUAGAAGUCGUUUAAUUUGCUUUUUACAAGCUGGUUUUGGGGAACCUCCCUUUUUUGCUGAUAUAGCAUGAUGUAAUAGCUUAAGUAAAUUUUGUAAAUAAAAUGGUACACACUUCACCUUC